AUGGGUAAUGAUUUUGCUGAAAAUGAAGACCAUCCUGAUCUUGCAAUCCAGGUUGGGGACGAAAACGAACAUCUGUUGGAAUUGAUGGAAAAGAAAAUCUCAGCGGCCCCCGGAAUUCUUCGAAAAUCAGCUGGCCGGAGUUCAUGCUGCAUUUUCAGAGCACCCAAAAGCUUUAACGACAUAAACGGCCAGCAAUAUCAACCUCAGAUAGUCUCAAUCGGUCCGUACCACCACGGAAAGCCGGAGCUGGCUAUGAUUGAAGAGCACAAAUGGAGGUUCUUGGGCAUCUUGUUGAAACGAACAGAGGAUAAAGGGUUGAAACUGAAGGAUUAUUUGAAGGCCGUAAAACCUCUGGUAGCAGAAUCCCGAGAUUGUUACGCUGAAGGUUUCCAGUUCAGCUCAGAUGAGUUCAUCCAGAUGCUUGUUCUCGAUGGUUGUUUCGUAAUCGAACUGUUUCGGAAGUUUUCCGGGGUGGUUACAUUCGAUCGGGACGAUCCUCUGUUUUCCAUGUCCUGGGUUCUUUCGUUUUUCUUGCGGGAUCUCAUUCGCCUGGAGAAUCAAAUCCCGUUUUUCAUCCUCCGGCGAUUGUUCGAAAUCACCAAGAUGCCGGACGAGGAGGAUUCAGGGCUUUCUUUAGGCCGAUUGACUCUGAAUUUCUUCAAUUACGCAAUACAGAGACCUGAAUCAAGUUUAGAGCUGUUCAGCGACAUUGAUGGUAAGCAUAUACUCGAUUUUCUCCGAUUGAGUUUCAUCCCGGUCGGAGACGAAGAGCCUAGAAUCAAACCCGGCAAGUUUUCCGACGUCCGUUUAAUUAAUUGCAUCUCCGACCUCCGUUGGGGCGGAAUCCGUCUGAAGCCCGGAAACGAGGAGAGCUUUUUAGAUGUUCGAUUCAGAGGUGGAGUGAUUGAGAUGCCCAGAAUUAGUCUGGAUGAUUACAUGAGCUCCUUUUUGUUAAACUGUGUGGCUUAUGAACAAUGCCAUGGAAACAGUUCCAAACACAUGACUACCUAUACUACGUUGUUGGAUUGUCUGAUAAACACCUCCAAAGAUGUUAAACAUCUGUGUGAUUGGAAUAUAAUGGAGAAUUAUUUUGGGACGGAGGAUGAGAUUGCGAAAUUCGUCAACAAUAUGGGGAAAGAUGUGGUGUUCGACAUUGAGAGCUGCUAUCUGUCGAGAUUGUUCAGUGAGGUGAAUCAAUACUAUCAGGAGGAUUGGUAUGUUCAGUUUUAUGUGUUCCUUCAUACUCCUUGGAAAUUCGUAUCAUCUUUGGCUGCUUUUGUUCUACUGCUUCUUGCUGUUCUUCAGACACUUUACACUAUCCUUAGCUAUGUUCAUCCCAAAUGA